AUGCUUCCAGCUCAAAUUAUACAAAUUUUGAGAGGAAUUUUAUUAAAUGGAGCGAUAAGACAAUUGAUAGUAAUGUUGUUAUCAUCCAUUUUGACUCCUAAAUGCAAGAAUCCAAUAUCACUUCUAGAAUUAUUUAAUAAUCAUAAUUCAUGGUCAUAUAAACAAAUUCUAAUUGAAAAAUUAAAUGAUUCAAAUUUAAAUGAUUCAGAUGCAUGUCAUUUAAUGAUUAUUGGUAAAAGUGAUUCAAUUGUAAAUUUAUUAACUUAUCAUUUAAGAAAAAGAAAUUUGGAUUCAGUUGUAAUUUUAGGAUCACAAUUUCCUAAUGAUCGGAAUGAUUACUCUUAUAAUGUUUUAAAUAGAAGAAUGAUGUGUGUCAAAACAGGCAGGUUAUUGAUAUUAACAGAUUUAGAAAUUAUUUAUGGUAAUUUUUUAAUUUUAUACGUCUCAUCAAAACGAGUCAAAUGGUGUGAUUCAAAUCUGACGAUUAAAGACUCAUUGGAUUUGUCUCAUUGA